AUGGAGCAAUCACCGUUGACACAACAAUCACGACCUGAGACUUUCGAGCCAAAGGUUGCUCAGCUCUAUCGUCAAUUGUUCAGGGAUCGUGAUGAUGAAGAGAAGCCAGAAGGCUUCUGGAGGGAAUUCUUUUUGUUAAAGCCUGACAACGCACGCUUCGGGCAACUGCUGGAUGAUCUCGAGGCCAUAGACCUAUUGCAUGUUUCGCAUCACUGCGAACAGUUCGUCUCUCAUGCCAUUACGUAUGCUGGAUCUGGAUCAUCGCCAUCUGAUGAGAAUGCUCUCGAUAACUUGACAGUAUUUCUCACCAAAGUGCUCUCGAAGAAAUAUACAAAUCCUAGCUCAGACAUUAUCGAAGUGUUAGCUGGCCUCGACAAUGUGGAUACUGUGUUCAACGACCUUGUAGCAACACUAGACACAAACAUCAGUUCUGGCAAGACAGUUCGUAUACAGAUGAAAGCUGUUCAGGUGGCUCUGUGCGUGGCUUCAGGAGCAUUCCAAACCGGUCUGCUUACGUACUUCACACAGCGCGAUUUCUUCCCUUCUUUGAUGCAACUCAUCCAUGAUCUCGAAGACCCGCUGGAAGCAGCACAACCCCUUCUUCUCGCAGGGCUGCUUGCGAACUACAACAAAUUCGAGACAUACAACCCAUACCACGUCCGCUUUGCUGAUUUUGUAAAUCAAGAGACGAUUAUACAAAUUUGCAAAUCCAUAGAGGGCACCUGUGUCUACUUAAGAGAUCAAUUUGUUGCAAUUCAAGACGAUGUUCCUGAAGCCUGGAGUAUUGGGGGUACGUUGAGCUACAUUGGUCUCGGAGCUCUUGCAGGUGCAAAACCCGCGGUACCUGUACCAACAGAAGACGAGAUGAAGGCAAAGUUUGCAGAACAGCCACGAUCGCAAGCCGGUAUACUGCUCACCGUAUAUGAAUUUGUUGUCGCCAACAAAGCUUUCAGCGCAGACUUUGUUGGCACAUACACAGAAGGCAAGAAAGAGAGCUCACCAAUAGCUCAAUACCUAUCCUUCUGCUCUUACUUAUACCAACAUGCCUAUCGCUCACAGAGAGCAACGCAAUACGCCCACAUCACCUUGUUCACAAUCCAGAACAUGGUAGAGGAUCUCGAGAUCGCGAAGAAAUUGUGCGAGACGACAGUACCACUCCGUCUGAGUCGUCAAAGGCCGCCGCAGUUGCCAGUGAUCGCCACAGAUCGUACGCUCGCUGCGAACAUCAUCGAUAUGAUGAUCGACUGCAUAAACCACAAUCUACGGAAGAAGUUGGAUGUCGAGCUAUACAUGCUAAACGUCGGCAUUCUGCUACGCCUCGUCACAUUCCUCAGCAAAGCAAGAAUACGCUUGACAUACCACUGGUCCGAACUCUGGCGCUCGCUUCUCUCCUUCGUUCGCUUCCUCACCGUCUACGCCGAUGACCUCAAACCCCUCUACCGAAUCAACACCCUCAUUCACACUCUCGUAAAUCUAAUAACCCUCUCUCUGACCCAAGGCGAAUCCUUCCUUCCCGACUCUUCUUCCUAUGACGACAUAUCCUACAAACUCGUCGAAUUCGGACCCUCCCUCACCUCCUUCCGCGACGCCUAUACUCUGCACAAAGGAGAGACUGCCGCUAGCAUGAACAUCCUGGUACAUGUGUCCAAGCAUUACAGUGAUUUGAUCGCUGGCCAAAAGGGCAAAGUCAAGAACCUGAGUCCGAAAGAGGUUACGAAGAUCAUCAAGGAAGGGUAUGAGACUUUGAGUAUCGAGGCGAAGGAAGGAUUGGAUCAUUGGGAUCUGUAUCGGGAGAGUGAGCAUAAAGCUGAGUUGAAGAAAAUUGCAAGGACGGCCUGUGCGGACGCAAGAGCACUUGUGUUGUGA